GGCAGCCUGACCUGAGGCCAUGGUGAUCCAACAGGUGGGCAGCAGGGGGCGAGUGGCAGCCGAGAGUCUUGAAAGGAGAAGGGGCAGUCGCUGUGAGGACAAGAAACAGACGCUGUUGGCAUUGCUGAUCUUGGUCCUGUACGUGGGCACAGGAAUAUCAGGAAGAAGUUGGGAGGUAUCAGAAAGGAUCAGAGAAUGUAACUAUCCCCAGAAUCCUGUGGCUUCCCAGGGAUUUGAAUACCAGACCGAUGAACCCGCAGAAGAGCCAAUAAAGGUCAUCAGGACCUGGUUGAAGGAACACUUGCACGUUUUCUUGGAGAAGCUAGAAAAAGAGGUGCAGGAGUUGGAGCAGCUGGUACAGGACCUGGAGGGGUGGUUGGAUGCCCUUCUGGGAGAGGGGCACCCGGAGGAUCCCUGUUCCAGCUUCAAGAACGGUUUGUGAGGGCCCGGGGCUGGACCCUGGGGAGGACGCCAAGUGAAAGGCGGGGGAAGGCUUGCCAGCUGACAAGAGCUGAGCUGUGACACUUGAAUUUCAAAGCAGGCAAGACAAUAAAAUACCUGAGAGCCUGAGAACUUUGCUGGCACCACGGCUGGUUCACGAACGAAUGCCAUCAGAAGGACACCAGGGCCCUGCUGAGAUAGCCUCCAGGGCACCAGGACUCCGGGGUACCAGAACCAAGCCAGCCUCCGGGGCAGAACCCUUGCCCACUUCCCCGAGAUCCGGCACAAAUUCCCUAACCUCUCUGAGACGCAAGUGCCUCAUGAGGAAAAAUCAGGGUCACAAAUUUGCCUCACAGCAUUAUGAGGGUGUAUAUGUAGAGUGCCUGAUAGAUAGGUCUUCCUUUCUUUCACUCCUUUUCCUUCCUCCCCGGAACUUAGUGAGACGAGUCUGGUUCUGGAGUAUAUAGAUGUUAAUGUGGCAGCUCAACCCUCUGGCCCCGCUUCUAGCAGCAUCAAUUGCCAAAACCCCUGUGCAGGGCAAUGUGGUGACAGCUAUGAAAUUCACAAAUGCAUUUACCAUUUGACCCAGCAAUCUGUCUCAGGGAUUUAUCUCCUAUAAAUGUGUGAAAUAUAUAUUUAUCAUAUAUAUUCUUUAUAUAUACUUGUCAUAGUUAUAGCAUUAUAUAAUUAUAUAUAACAUAUAUAUUAUAUUGAAAUAUAUACUUACAACACAUACAUACAUGUGUGAAAUUACAUGUACGUAGUGUUACUCUCCUAGCUUCGUUUAUAAUAGCAAAACAAAGGAAACAACCUAAAUGAUUAUCCAUAGGUCCCAGGUUAAAUUAGGUAAAUUUAAGUAAAUUAGGCCCCUGUAGGUAUGAAAGAGAAUGAGGGAGCUUUUCUACUGAUAUGGAAAAGUCUACAAGAAAGGUUGUUAAAUGAAAGAAAUCAAGGUAUAAGAAGAGCCUGGGAAUAAGAAUCUGUAUUUUGUUGAUGA